AUGGCUCGCAAGAAGAGGACCGACGAAGAAGCGGCUGCCGGCAGCGCUGCCGCUGCUGCUGCUGGUAUAGCAAAACAAUCUGGGGAAAACGUAUCGAAGGGCAGUGACGCUGGACGCAACAGCGACGGCAAAGGCGGCGCUGUUGCUGAGCAGGGACGACCCCGGAAAGGGGGGGAGGGCGCGUCUCGCCAAGGGGGCACCCCGAACUCCGCCGCUGCGCCUCCGGAGACCGACACGAAGGCCUCCGUUACGGCUGCAACACCAAAAUCAUUCGGUUCGGCUGCAAAAGAGCAAGCGGACCAGUCAGGAGGCGCUGCUGCUGCUGCUGCAGAGAACACAGACGCUGUUGUGCCGCCACUGGGGGUUGCGCAGCGCAGAGAGAUUGACAUGACGGGCAUGUCCGCGAGCCGCAAGAAGAAUCUUAAGAAGAAGAUCAGGAAGCAAGAGCAGCGGCAGCAGGAGGCUGAGUUGAACAGCGCAAUGCGGGCGGGUGCGGGGGGCAGCACCUAUGCGUCUCGCCUCAGUCAGAUCGCGCAGCAGUGGUCCAAGCAGGUGGCUCAGCUCGAGGCCAGUUGCGCAAAAGUCACUGAUGGGGCAGGUGCGAAGCGCAUUGCUGAGUCGGCUGCGCAGCUGCAGAAGGAGAUGCAGGAGGUUCAAGAAGAGGAGGUCGCGGGGGCCAAGAUGCCAAUCAACAAGCGUUCUACGGUGCAGCACAUGCAAGAAAAGAUCAAGGAGGCCGAGCAAACCAUUCAGAAGCAGCAAAAAGAGCAGCAGCGGGCAGCUGGGCAGCAAAACAAACACGGCGCAGAGGUAAGGGGCGCCGCAGAUGCGACCAGUGACGCUCAGCUGGAGGAGUCCUUGCGCUACCUGGCGCACCUCAGGGAGCAGCUAGCGCUCACCCAGCAGCAGAGCGACCUGCGCGCCUUCCAGCAGCAGGCAGCAGAGCUGAAAGCCACGCUUGAGCAGAUCGUGAGAAGCGCACACAAGGCUGUGCAGCAAGCUGCCAACGCCCCAGACAACCGCAGAGCGCAGCAGAGAGAGGCCACGUGGCAUAAGCGGCUCCAGGAAGUGGGGGCCGCUUUUCCCGAGGCGAACGGAGUUUCCAGCUUCGUGAAUGCAUCCGUUGCGCUGCCGAGCGACGCAAGCUUCAUUCUGCUGACGCCGCAGGGCCAGCCUUCUCCCAUGCUGCGCAAGGUUGAGCGGAAGUUCAGUGUGCUAGUCGAGAAGAAGGGACUGGGUGACAGGGGUCUGCUCCUGAGCAUCGUUGGGUACGUGCAAGACGCUUGCGACAAGUGUGCUGCAUUCCUGAAUGCAUGCAACUUUCCGCAAGUCCCAAUAGGCUUCAGCACCGCGCCCAACUGCAUUUCACUGGAGGGGCAAAACAUAGGGGCCUUCAUUGGCAGCGCUGGAAGCAACCUCCGGAAGCUCGAGGCAGAGCUCGACGUCCUCCUCUGGCUAGAAGACAAGUGGAUUACUAUUCUUGGUCACGAGGCCACUGUCAAAAAGGCUAUUCCCCAAAUCAAGGAGUCUCGCUCCCCUUCGGCAAGCGACGCAGGGCAGUCUCAGUGCCGCUGCGAGUUCAAGUCGGAAGUGGCACGGGCCAUGAUUCAGGGCAGUGCAAGAACACGUUCUAAGGUUCAGGAUAUUGAGACUGCCAUGGGAGUGACCAUUUUGGUGCGUCUGCCGCGUCGAGGAGACCUCAGCAAGACGACGACUGUGGCGAUCAGGGGAGCCAGUGCUGAUGAGUGCAAGAAGGCCUGUGCGGAGCUAGAGGAGGUGUUUGGCGGAUUCGGCGUGGAGGUUGUCGAGUGCGACAGAUUCAAGGCCACUAGAAUUCUCCGCGGCACAGCUGUCGACUUCUCGCAUAUUAGGUCGCACGAGCUGAUCUCGUUGCUGCGAUGCGAUGAGGGUGUGCUGCUGGUUGCUCCUUCCGAGGCGUUGCGUCUGGCAGUCGAGGCCGUUGAAGCGGCGAUGCAUCAGCUGAGUCGGGCGACGGAGGUCUUGGAGAUCAAGGCAACGCAGUUGCGCAUCCUUGACCGUGGAAAGAGGAACGAAAUCGAGACGCUGAGCGGCGCUACAUGCAAGCCACCUCUCCUCGAUGGGGAGAAGGCUACCCUGACUUUCACGGGUCACCCGGACGCCGUGCAAAAGGCGGUCGAGAUGGCUCAGCAGAUCCUGGAUGAAAUGAAGGAAGAGGAGCUCGAGUUGUCGGUGGCUGCCGCUUUGUGCUUCCUUGCGGACAAGGCGCACCGUGCUCUGGAGGAGGAGCAUGGCAUUCGCAUCCGCGUCGAUGUUCCCAGGGAGCGCCUCAUCGUUCGCGGGAGUCUAGGAGGCUACGAUGUCGUGGCCGAUGCCAUCAAGCGGAUGGAAGACGAGGUUGCGCGCAGCGGCAAAGUUGCUCAUAAAAUCGAGGUUCCUCGCGAGGCGGUACCCGCCAUUCUCGGUCGUCAGGGGGCGAAUGUGCGCCGCCUACAGAGCGAUUGCAACUUGGACAGUGUCGUCAUAGACGGUCGGCCCCAGGCAGUGUACCUUCUAGGUUCCCAAGAGGCGAUCGACCAGGCAGUGGUCAUGGUGCAGGAGAUCGUCGGUAACAGCACAGGGGCGCGCGCGCAGAAUGGAGUCGACGGAGGCGAUCUCGGAAGACGUCCUCGAGCAGUUGGAGGGCGUGGAGGAGGUCGGGGAGGCCGAGGUGAUGUCAGUAGCCGUGGCGGGAGUAGUGGUGGUGCUGCUGCUGCUGCUGCUUCGGUCAGGGGACGGGGUGGAGUCGGUGGACGUCCUGCUGUCGUCGCCUCGGCAAAGCCGUACAAUGCAAAUGUGGACGACGAAACCGCAUUCCCCUCGCUCGGAAUCUGCAUGGCUCGACCUGGAGGGCGCUGGCAGAAGAGGUCGCAGGCUCCUGAGGGGUCCGAGGCACCCCCCAGGAGCGUUGUUGUCAACAGCAACAGUGACGCGCAAGGAGAGGAGUUUGUAGGGGCGGGUGAGAGUGCGAACUAG